AUGCUAUCCCAUGGCGAUCGUGGGCUUCACGUCGAUAUGUCCAACUUCAGUUUUCAAUUGAUGCAGGCUUACCUGGGCAAUUUGAAAUACAAAAGUGAUGAAUACUUUGAGGAGCGUCGGAGCAUCGGCCCGAUCACCCACAGCUCUGCUGCCCCUCACAACUCCCAAUCGCCCUAUCCAAGCCAGCCACAUUCGCAUUCCAUCUUUACCCAGGCUCCUGCAACCUUGCACUUUUUGGCUAAAACGAGUCUUUCUUGUUCCCAUGAUACCUCUACACUAACCCCUUUGUCUUUCGCCUGCUCGGGUCGGACAGACACCACCCUGAGAGAUGAGCAUUCACACAACACCCGCCCAACUGUCCACUCAAUUGCUGCCUAA